GGUUGGCUGGAGAUAUUCGGCGUGUCAGCAGCGGUCAUGAAUCCCUACAUGACAGCUGUACCCUUCUUUGGCUUCGCGCUGCUGCAAGCCGGGCCCGUGGGCGUGGUGUGGCCGUGGGUCAUCCUCGCGCCCUUCGCCCUCUGCAUGGUGCUUGUCAUCGCUGAAGUCUGCUCCUCCUUCCCCACGUCAGGCUCGCUGUAUUUCUGGGCGGCCAGCCUGUCACCGCCGCGGUGGAAGCUGCUGGUGGCGUGGGUGACGGUGUGGCUCGAGGUGAUUGGUCUCUCUGUGUGCGCCAGCAGCAUCGCCUUCCCAGCGGCGCAGCUGGUGCAGAUGAUGAUGCACCACAUGUCAGGCGGGGAGCACCUCGCCUCCACGGCCUUCUUCUUCGCCCUCUACUGCGCGCUGCUGCUCUCCUGGGCGCUCCUCAACUCCCUCUCCCUCACCUGCAUCUCGCGCCUCCUCGAUUGCUACGUCUACUUCGCUGUGGCCUACACCAUCACCAUCGUGACAGUGCUGCCAGCAGUAGCAGUGGAGCUCAAACCACCCUCCUUCAUUUUCCUCGAGUACCAGUCAGGCUGUCCCAUCACAGGCGUGUGCUCACUGCUCCCCUCGCUCAUCCUCGCCGGCCUGCUGCCACACUUCUCCUUCUACGGAUUUGAUUCUGCCGCCCACGUCACAGAGGAGACAAGGAACUCGGACGUAUCGGGCCCGAGGGCCAUCCUGGGGUCGUUUCUGGUGCAGGUGGUGUUUGGUUUCGCCAUCCUCGUCACCUUCACCGCCUGCAUCCAGGGCGACUACCGCACUCUCUUCACGGGGGAGGGCUCGUCCUUCAUGGAUCCCGUCGUGCACCUCCUCAUAUCCCUCUUCACCGCUCGCUAUGGCUCCGCCACCGGCGCCUACGUGCUCCUCUUCCUCAUGGUCAUCCACUUUUAUGCCGCCGGCUUCGGGGUCACGCUCGCGUCCUCGCGGGCCAUCUAUGCAGCCAGCAGGGAUGGCGCCAUGCCGUGGUCGCGCGUGUGGCGGACCCUGUCCAGGCGCAACCGCAUUCCUAGCCUCAUCCCCUGUAACGCAUUCCUCCACCUCCACCCUCUCACCGGUAAUCCCCGCAGCUCUCCGACGUUCUUUGGAACAGUGGCAGCGGUGACGUCAGCAGCCUGGCUGGGAACAUACGGCAUUGUCGUCUUCUUCCGCCUCAUCAUCCCUCCGCACCGCUUCAAACCUGGCCCCUUCUCCCUCGGCCGCUGCGCGCGGCCGCUCUGCGUAGUGGCGCUGGGCUAUAUAGUGUACACCAUCGGGGUAUUCAUGGUGCCAAUCUUCUACCCUAUCACGUGGGAGACCUUCAACUAUGCCCCCAUUGGUGAGCUUGUGGCUUCGCUUCUCAUUCACAUGAAAUUUCUGAGUGGGUGUCAUGGUAUUUGA